AUGGUUGCUCCUCGGUUCUACGUUGUGGCUCGGGUCGUGGGUAGAGAUGGCGCUUUGGCACCGUGGAGAGACCGUCUCGCCGGACUCUGCGCCGUGUCCAAGACCGAACCCUACUCCGACUCCUACUACUGGGGCUACGACCUGGACGGCGAGCCCGACACGAUCUGGGGCCUCGAAGGCUACUACCACCCGAUCGGCUUCUUCAUCGGCCACCUGUCGACCGACACGUUCAAGGAGGAGAUGCGCAAGGUCGACGAGGACAAGCUGCUGCGCAACGUGCAAGGGCUCGGCAGCCCGGACUACGACCUGCACCACUACGACCUGGCGGGCGGGUUCGUCAAGCGGUCCGACGACAAGGACGCCGACGCCACCGACAGUUUCGUCGCCGUCGUGCAUUUCUGGGCCGCCGCCCAGGGCAAGCGGAAGCAGUUGUUGGGUGUUUUGGCCGAUGCCGCCGACGCCGUCAAGGAUGCCGAGAAAUCCCCCGCCAUCACUGUCCAGAGUUUCGCCGUGUUGAAGGAGUUGAGUGAUUUCACUUUGGCUACCGUUUAUAUCAGAACUCGAACCCAGGCAGAUUGGGAAAAGUUCCAGGCCACCAAGAUCUGGAAAGAUCUGUUGGAGACGGUCAAGCCCAUCACGGCCAAGCAGGAGGUUCACCGCUCCCAGUCCUUCAUCGGUCACAUCGGCCAGGAGGCGCCUGCGAACCCUUAG